AUGAGCAUCGGACUGGCGGCCAGUGCACAGCAAUGCAUGAAAAAAAAUCAUACAUCGCUUCGUCAUCGUAAGAAGGGUAAACAAGGUGCGAAUCCUUCGGGCUGCGCUAUAAACCUGAACUCCACUCAACUAGCCUCAAAUGCAGCGGACGAAGCUAAGGCGGCCAAGGAUGCUCAGAAAUGCGAAAGUGUUGCGGCAGGUCAGAGGGCCAUGAAUCAAUUGGCCGACAAAGCUGAGCAAGCGGCUCGAACGGCUCAGGCAGCGCUGCACGGUAAGAAACAAUUAAUCGACCAGUUGGAGCAGAGUCAGAGCGAAGCCGAAGCCGUCAUGGAUGAAGUUAAGAAAGCGUUGGCCAAAAGCCAAAGCAACCUGGAAACAGUCGCACGCAUUUCCGAUGUUGUAAAACAGCUCUAUGAACUAUUGCAAUCUCUUUUGGAAGAUGCAAAGAAGAAUCUGGCAAAAGUUUUGGAAGUAUCAGAGAAUGCUCAAAAUGAGGUGGAGGGGAAGCAAGUGCUUCUUAUGGAUGCCAAGAAGCGGUUGGAACAACUAAACAUUUGCUUUCAGGAAGCCAAGGAAGAUCUGGAACGCACCGAAUCCAUGGCUAGCAAGGCAGAGACUGCAGCUGAGGAGGCCAAACAGCAUGUGGAUAACGUGCAGAAUGUUAUUAAAAAACUGAAGAAGCUAAAAAAGAAAGACUUACAGAACGUUCUCAAUAGAAUAAUCAAAAAGUAA